UAAAAAAAAUCAAUUCCAAUAUGUCAGGUUGUAGUUGGGCAAGUCGUGAAUUUAGUUUUAGUAUUUUAGGAUAAGAAUAGGACGUUGUGAAUAAAAAACGUAAAUAUGACACAAUAACACAACCCAGUGCAUUGUUGAUGAUUCAUAUAAGUUAUAAAAACGCGGGUCUGAUUUUAGUUUCUCUUUUUACUGUACACGGAAACGUUUCAUGUUGUUAUUUAUUGUUUCGAUUCAAAUAAUGUACGGCAGUCGUUAAUUAAAUAAUCGUGGUGACAAAAGUGUGUAUAGCUUUUAAGUGUUCGUAUAAUUUGUUGUAAUGUAAAUAAAAAAAUAUUGUUUGCUCGCGCAUGCGUUUGUGUCAAAAACAGACAAAGGUUUUGUAUGGUUUGGAAAUCAGCUGUAUUUUAUGUGCGAUGACUUAGUGAUACAAAAAGUGUGUGUUUGGAAGCGACAAUGUUCAGUGAAAUCGGAUACAUAGUUUUUCUACUUCUUGCUCUACCUUACAUCGAAAGUGCUUCUCGUCGACGUCUUAGUGAGUACAUUGAGCACUACGAGGGUCUAGACUACGACCCAGACAAGUUGCACCAGCAACACUUACGGGCCCGUCGCUCGAUAGACCCACCAGCAGACUUAAGUCUAAAAUUUGACGCACAUGGAAGGAAGUUCCACCUGCGAUUGCGGCGAGACUUGGCCGCUUUUAGUGAAGAUUUUAAAGUUGAAGGCUCACAAGGGCAGUUACAUGACGUCGACACAUCACACAUUUAUCACGGGGAGUUGGCCGAUGAUCCAAAGUCAUCGGUGUUUGGUUCGGUGACGGAUGGUGUCUUCGAGGGGAAGAUCAUAGCGAGCGAUGGCUCGUUCUACGUGGAACAUGCGAGGCGAUACUUCCCCCCGAACAGCACGCGGACGCGAGUCCAUUCGGUGAUCUAUCGCGAAGGUGAUGUCAGCGACCCAUACGCCCAUCGGAGACAUGGUCACGUGGGUGGUUGCGGCAUCACAGACGAAGUCGUACAAUGGAUGGAACGCAUCCAGAACUCAGGUGUCGAUGAUGAGCAGACAUCACCAGCGCCUGGGUCCACACCAACUACAGCAACACAUGGACACCAUGCUCCUCCUUCACAACCACCACACCCAAACAGCUUGAGGGAUAAUGAGCCCAGGUACUGGGAUAUGCACCAUUACAACAAGUACUCGCGAGCUGCGAACACGGGCGAGCACACACGGUCGCGGCGGGCAGCCCCCGACGAGAAGGGAAACACGUGUUCCCUCUACAUACAGACAGACCCGCUCAUAUGGAGACACGUCAGGGAAGGGUUUCCAGAUCACCGAGACCCGAGCAAAAAGAGCGAGGUGGACAUGAAGACUCGUGAGGAGAUCCUGUCCCUCAUAUCGCACCACGUGACCGCCGUCAACUACAUCUACAGCCACACCAAGUUCGACGGACGAUUCGAACAUAGAAACAUCAAGUUUGAAGUACAGAGAAUAAAGAUCGACGACGACUCAAUGUGCAGGGGUCACGAGUUCGGCAGCGAAACGAACCAGUUCUGCCUGGAGAACAUCGACGUGUCCAACUUCCUGAACUUGCACUCGCUAGGCAACCAUGAGGACUUCUGUCUUGCCUACGUGUUCACCUACAGAGACUUCACUGGAGGCACACUAGGUCUAGCAUGGGUAGCGAGUGCAAGUGGUGCAUCAGGAGGUAUAUGCGAGAAGUACAAGACAUACACGGAGACCAUCGGCGGCAUGUACCAGAGCACCAAGCGGUCGCUCAACACCGGCAUCAUCACCUUCGUCAACUACAACAGUCGAGUUCCGCCCAAAGUCAGCCAGCUUACCCUAGCCCAUGAGAUCGGACAUAACUUUGGGUCACCGCACGACUACCCGACGGACUGCCGGCCGGGCGGGCAGCAAGGCAACUACAUAAUGUUCGCGUCGGCGACGAGCGGCGACCGGCCCAACAACAGCCGGUUCUCGACGUGCAGCGUGGGCAACAUCAGCGCCGUGCUGGACGCCGUGCGCGACGGACGCAAGCGGAACUGUCUCACCGCCAGCGCCGGCGCCUUCUGCGGGAACAAGAUCGUCGAGGACAACGAGGAGUGCGACUGCGGUUAUGACGAGAAUGAAUGCAAGGACCGGUGUUGUUACCCGCGCCAGCUGAGUGCAAUGGAUGCCAAGAACUCUUCUGCUAAAGGCUGCGCUAGGAGAGCUCACACGCAGUGCAGUCCAUCGCAAGGUCCGUGCUGUAACGCGGCGACGUGUGAGUUCGUCCCAGCGUCCCGCAACGUGACGUGUCGCGAGGCUUCCGAAUGCAGUCACGCCUCGUUCUGCUCCGGCCUCUCCGCCGACUGCCCCGAGCCACGCGCCAUGCCCAACCAUACCAUGUGCAAUAAUGGAACCCAACUGUGCCUGAGCGGCGAGUGCCGCGGCUCGAUCUGCCUGGCGUGGAACAUGACGGAGUGCUUCCUGUCGUCCACGCCGCGCGCAGUGGGCGACGGCGUGUCGGCCGCCGUCGUGGACCGGCGCGCCCUCUGCCAGCUCGCCUGCCAGGUCGGGCCCCGCCCCGACCAGUGCCAGAGCACCGCCGACUUCGCGGACCGUGUAGGCUUGCCCAAAGGUGGGAUCAGUCUACGGCCCGGCUCUCCUUGUGAUAACUUCCAGGGUUACUGUGACGUAUUCUUGAAAUGCCGUGCGGUGGACGCGGAAGGUCCCCUGGCUCGGCUGAAGAACCUCCUGCUGAACCGCGCCACGCUGCAGUCGGUGCAGGCGUGGGUGACGGAGCAGUGGUGGGCCGUGCUGCUGGCCGGCGUCGGGCUCAUCGUCUGCAUGGGCGCCUUCGUCAAGUGUUGCGCUGUACACACGCCCUCCUCCAACCCUAAGCGGCCGCCAGCCAGGCGGUUAUCCGAGACGCUCCGUCGUCCAAUGAACACGCUACGGCGCAUGCGCCACCCGGGCGGCGCGGCGGCCCGCUCGCCUGCGCGUGCGCCGCCCCGCGCCGGACACCGCCGCCCCAGGGGACACAAGGGGUACGCGCCCCCGCUCACAUACGCACACAGGGACCGACCGGCAGCAUCAGCGCCGGCGGGUCCCAGCGGGCGUCGUGCGGAGCCGUACGCGAACGCGUAUCCGCAGUCGUACGAGAUGCGGCCCCCGCAGAAGGUCUGACAGUACUCGUACUGCGCGGAGGCGGGCGGCGGCGGCGCGCUGGAGCUGGUGGCGCUGGCGCCGGGCGUGCCGCUGCUGCUGGGCUACGCGUGGCGCCGCCGCCCCGCCGCGCACACCGUGGCCUCGCAGACCGCCAUCUCGCUGCAGUCGCCCGACGCGCUCACCGUCACGCGCUGCGCCGAGUAGCGCCCGCGGCCCGCCGUGUAGCCCCAUGUUUGCUCAACACGGAUCUCUGCGACCGAUCCGCUCUCUCUGAGCUCAAAGUAGAAAAUGCACGCGAGCGACGCGGUGAUCUAUCAAAUUAUUAUUUUUAUACAGAAGUACCAGGGACUCUUAGGGCCGGCGCGAAGUUCGUGUGAACCAGUGAUACUUGUAACUGUUCAGUAGAGUGUUGCUCCCGGAACCGGACAUUUAUGUAUAUUUUUGUAUAUAAAUGGAGAGGUAUACAAAGGCUACGAUGUAAUAAUAUCAUACGACUAUAGACCGGAACGUUCAUACCGACUAGAGGUAAUUGUAAAGUAUCCGCAUUGUUUUACUCGAAUCUCCGUAAUUGUAAUUUUUAUAUAAAGUUAUUUUUAACGUAUUUAAUGUAUCGUAAGUGGAAUGUCGAGGUGCCAUUAUACCGAUUUGUAUUCCUGUUCCUUUAUCGUUAGUUCUUCAUUUCUCACUACAUCGUGAUAAUACAUUUAUCAUAAGUAUAUUUCGUAAUUUAUUCUUAAUGGGCUCAAAUACCUACAUAUUUUCAAAAAAUGCAUUUAGUCUUCCUAUGGCGAUUAAUGUCCCUACUUUUGUAUUCUUUUAUUUUAUUUAUCCUAUUUUAAGUAGAAUGUAAUAUGAAAUUUAACAAUAUUGCCAAAUGAUCAAAAUGUUAUUAGACUGAAACUUCAUGUUGCUACGAUGACGUUUAAACGUUUUGUAACUCAUUCCUUGUAUUAUUUGUGAGUGUAAGAGUAGUGCGUGGGUGACUGGGUGUUGGUCUCGGCUCCCUAGUGCUCGCUAGCGGAACCAGUCUGGUGUAACAAACUUGCAUAUCACACUCCGCUCCCUUCCAGAAUGGUUUGUCGUACAGUUGAAUUGAUCUCUUUCAUAGAUUAUGAGAUUAUGUUUACAAUCAUUAUUACGUAGUAUUACUUUCCGUCGUGCAAGCCAAAGAGCAUGAUGUAUUUUUUAUUAUUUCUAUACAUUGUAAUGUUAAGAAUCGGUCUUAAAGUAUACCAUAUUAAUGCCAUUUUAUUAGUGAAUGUCGAAACAAUACACAAGUUCUUGUAAUUGUACUAUAAUACUGUAUAUUUGUAUGUAUGUAAACUGAGGGUAAUGUUCUGUUGUAGAAUGACUUGACCAAUCGUGUAACAGGCGGAUGAUCCGUUACAUCCGCCACUAAGUAGUACUCAAUGGCAUUAUUUCUCCUAAGUGUAAGCUAGAUUACCGUAUAGAUUAUUUAAAUGACAAUGUGAAUAUUUUUAAUUAACAAGAUGAAUGUUACAACAUGUGAUUUCAAAAUAAUAAAAAAAAUACAAUAAAUUUUACAUGAA